AUGAUAAGUAGACAAAAUGAUUACACAGAAAAAAGAAGCUAUUCAGAUGUAACAAAAGAACGACCACUGACUAAAGGGAUACCUGACACGGAAAAUCUUCCUGAAAAAUUAGAACGAAUGUUCGCUAAAUUUCAACAAAUCAUGAUCAGCAUGAUGGACAAAAUGAUGGACCGAAUGAUCCAGCUUAUCUCAAGCCUGAUAACAAAA